AUGUCUCGUGCUGUUCUUGGGCCAUUGGCACUCCAACUUCUGCACGUGAAUCAAUGGUUCGCGCACGUCAUUGCCAGUAUUCCAUGUACCUACCGUAGUUAUCUACCACCGAACUUGCAAGUGUUGCAAUUCUUCAAGAGGCAUGAUUGGAUCGUGCUCGGGGUCGAGUUCCUGUCCGAACACCACGCUACGCAAUCGCCCAGUAACGAGCUGGUAUUUGGUUGGCAAUCUGUGAAGGCGGCUGACCGCAUUGAUGCGAGGAUCAACAUGUACUUCAUAUUGAAAAGUGGUUAUUUGAUUCAAGAUUAUUUCAAGAGUCGGCUCAAAUUGAAUGCCUUUGCGUGUCGUGGUAUGAAUGACGGCUUCUCCGAUGCUUUUCAGGCGGAGCCAACAGGACCCUCAUCGCCUUAA